CCUCCUCCUGCUCCUCCUCCUCCUGCUGCUCAGAUCUGUUCACCAGCCAGGCUGUGACAUCAUCAUCACACACACACACACACACACACACACACACACACAGUGAACUGGAGGAUCUUGUUUCCACUCGGCUGAUUUUUGGCGUCACAUCAGAGACGAAGAGCGAGAGAGAAGGAGGAGGAGAGAGCGAGAGAGAUACAGCAGAGAACCAGGUUAAUAACCAGAUAAGCAGGUUAAAAAACAGAUAACCAGGUUAACAACCAGAUAAACCAGCAGGUUAACAGAGAGAGAACCAGUGGAUGUUUGUCUGAGGAUAAACAGAUGGAGUCUGAAGAAAAUCUGCUCAACGUUUUUCUGUUGCUGCUGCUCAUCGGAUCACAAUUUACCCUGGUGGGUCCUUCAGCCCCUGAGGAGGGCUGGCAGGUGUACAGUUCAGCUCAGGACUCUGAAGGUCGAUGUGUUUGUACAGUGGUCGCUCCUCAGCAGACAGUCUGUUCCAGAGAUGCUCGGACCAAACAGCUCCGACAGCUGCUCGAAAAGGUGCAGAACAUGAGUCAGUCCAUCGAGGUUCUGGAUCAGCGGACUCAGAGAGAUCUGCAGUUUGUGGAGAAAAUGGAAGUUCAGCUGAAAGGUCUGGAAAACAAAUUCAAACUGGUGGAGGACGGACACGAGACCAACAUCGCCAGACAGUACAAGUCCAUCAAGGCAAAAAUGGAGGAGCUGCGUCCUCUGAUCCCAGUCCUGGAGGCCUACAAGGCCGACGCUCUGCUGGUCCGACAGUUUAAGGAGGAGGCGGCGAACGUGACAGAGCUGCUGGGGGCGCUGCAGGAACAGCUGGGAGGACUGGACUACCAGGACCUGCACAGCCGAGUGAUGAGUCUGGAGGACCGACUGAGGGCCUGCAUGCAGAGGCUGGCCUGUGGGAAACUGACAGGAAUCUCUGAGCCAAUCACCAUCAAGACGUCUGGAUCCAGGUUUGGCUCGUGGAUGACCGACCCAUUGGCUCCACCUGGAGACAACAGAGUGUGGUAUAUGGAUGGUUACCAUAACAACCGCUUUGUUAGGGAGUAUCAGUCGAUGUAUGACUUCAUGACAACAGAUAACUUCACCUCUCACCGUCUGCCUCAUCCCUGGUCCGGGACCGGUCAGGUGGUUUAUAACGGGUCCAUUUACUUCAACAAGUUCCAGAGUCACACCAUUAUUAAGUUUGACUUCAGCACGUCACUCAUUAGCCGCUCUCGACAACUCGACUUUGCUGGAUACAACAACAUGUACCAUUAUUCUUGGGGGGGGCACUCAGAUAUCGACCUGAUGGUGGAUGAGGGGGGGCUCUGGGCCGUUUACGCCACCAAUCAGAACGCUGGAAAUAUUGUUCUUAGCCAGUUAAACCCAAACACUCUACAGAUCAUCCGCAGCUGGACCACCAACCAUCCCAAACGCAGUGCUGGCGAGGCCUUCAUGAUCUGUGGAACCCUAUAUGUUACUAACGGGUACUCGGGUGGAACCAAGGUAUACUACGCCUACUCCACUAACUCCUCCACCUACGAGUACAUCGACAUUCCUCUGACUAAUAAAUAUAGCCACUUGUCCAUGCUUGACUACAACCCCCGAGACAGAGCUCUGUAUGCAUGGAACAAUGGCCACCAGGUCCUUUAUAACGUCACACUUUAUCACAUCAUACAGUGAAAUGUAAUUCUAAACACUCAACACAAAAGGAUAAGUACACUUCCCCCAAAAGUUACUCUUCACCACAACCUAAAUAUAAAGAGUUGUAAAGAUUAAAUAUAUUCUUAAAAUAAAUCCUCCCUUACUCAGUUCAGGUUCAUUUCUGUUCCGCCAGGACAGAGGUGCUUUAGCCCGUCUCAUCACAAACAUGAAGCUAGCCUAAAGCUAGCCUGAAGCUAGAACACCUACUAACCAAGUCCAAAUCUGUGUGACUGACCUGUUGUGUGUAGUUAGCUGACCAGUUUGUAGUCCAUCCUGUAGUCAGCUGGUUUAUUUAACCUCCUCACCUGCACUCUGUGGUUGUUAGCAUUGGUUAGCUCUAAACACAUCCUAGCAUUGGUUAGCUCAAAUGCUAACUGCUGCUAAAACCACACUGUGUCCUUACAUGAAUAUUUUUACACCUGUUCCAUAAACCAACAACAUGUAAACAUUUAACAACAUAAAAAUCAGACAGACUUGGUGUUUCUAGCCUUUGUGAUAAGCUAGGCUAAACACAUCAUGGACUGGAGCAUGUCCUAAAGUGUUGGACUGACACAGAUCUUUGGUCUCUUUUUAAAAUCAGUAGAAAGUUACACUUUGACCAUCUGUUAUUUUUAGAGUAAUGGCUGAAGUUUUCAACACAGAUGCACUUGAUACACAAGAAAACUCAUUGACACAAUCACAAAGAAAUUCCACUUUAUGUUUCACAGUGAGACAUACAUUUUCAUUAUUUGAUGCUUGACACUGAAGAAUGAGACACAUUUUUUAUCAUUAGAUUUUUUGUCUGCGUGUGACAUUUUCUCACUUCAUGAAAUUAGAGCCUCAGUUACUCUGAAGUAAUAAUAAUAAUAAUAAUAAUAAUAAUAAUAAUAAUAAAAUGUCUUUUCUUACUGUUGUGUAUUACAUAGCAAUACAAGAUUUUUAUUACAGUCUCUUUCUUCCAAUAAUUCCCUCAGUUUUUAAAUGAGUUAUUGCAGGUUGAGCAGGGCUACCACAUUAUAUUUCUCUCCAUCUUUUAAUGUGGAAUCACAACACACUUGAAGAGUUUUGGGAGAUGCAAUCCAUCAGCUGGAGUACUGUCAGAUCACUGAGCUGCAGCCACAAUAUUAACCUCAACAAACUCUGCUGUUGGUGGGUUUGAUGAGGAUUUUCUUGAUAGGUUUUUUUUUUACUUCUCCAAACUCUCAGCUCUUCUCUGCUGAUCAUGCUGAAGUAGGAUUCUUCAAACCAAGAAGCCUCUGAAAUCAUCCAUCUUCAGCUCAGGAGCCUCCAUAACCAUCAGCAGGUCAUUUCCUGUCCACGGUUGAUGUGACACAGACACAUUGAUCAGACUCUGCAGGUUUGUGUUCAAAAGACGUCAGCUCAGUGAGGACAUGUCACAUUUAGAGUGUUUCAGUGUUUUGUGCUUCUUUCGUCGUGGUAUUUGACAAACUUCUUAAAUAUUUUACUGGUCUGUUUAAACUGAACCUGCUUCAGUGUGGGACUUACUGAGAGUAUUGGAAUGCAUUUUAAGUGUGAAUUGAAUCAUUUUAUUCAGUUUAAUUACUUCCUGCUUCUAUGUAUUUUAUAUUUCACAAUUUGUGUUUGUUUUUUAUGGACAUUCAGAUUUGACCUGUAGUGAAGUGAUGAAGUGCUGGUGGACAGGGUUAGGCUUAGCUGCACAACAUGUUUUAUUAUUCAAUAGAGUGCAUGUAACAUGUUUUAUUACUCGUUUUGGUAACCAGUAGCCUUAAUAGCAAAUAUGUUUUGGAUUGCAUCACCCAACCACAAAGUUUAUUGUGUGUGUUUUUUUUAACAAAUAAAGAGACUGCUCUUGAUGAAGAAACUCUUCAGUCUGCUGCUCCUCUCUCUUUACAUGAGGAUUUUGGUUUGAUGCACAGCUAUUUCUCUGUCGUCUUCUUGCUCUGUUUUGUCAUUUAUUUUAUUUUGAAAAUUAUUUAUUAAACGUAUCCAUUGUUUUA